AUGCCCGCGCUCCAACCCAUCGCCGAUGUGCCAGGGCACGCCGACCCAGCGUGGGCCGUCGCCUUCAACCCCGCGCGCUCUCUCCUUGCGUCGUGCAGUACCGACCGCGCUGUACGGCUGUAUACCUACACCCUCCCUCCCUCUUCCUCUGACGACUUCCCAUCCCCGUCCUCGCCCAAGCCGGUGUUCAGCCUCGUAACCAGCAUUCCGACGGGGCACAAGCGCACUGUCCGAUCGAUUGCGUGGGCGCCGGGAGGGCGGACGCUCGCGACCGCCAGCUUUGACUCGACAGUCGGUGUUUGGGAGGAGGAAGAGGAGGGCGAGUGGGAGUGCGUCACCACGCUUGAAGGGCACGAGAACGAGUGCAAGAGCGUUGCAUUCAGCGCGGACGGCGGGUUGCUCGCGUCGUGCUCGCGCGAUCGCAGUGUUUGGGUAUGGGAGGUCCAGCCGGAUGCCGACUUUGAGUGUAUUGCCGUGAUGAUGGACCACGGGGCGGACGUUAAGGCAGUCGCGUGGCACCCGCACGACGAGCUCCUCGCGUCCGCGUCCUACGACUCGAACAUCCAUCUGAUGUUCGACGACCCAGACAGUGACUGGACGUUAGUCCAGCGCCUCAAACCCGCCCUCGAGGCCACGCCGCUGGAGAUCCCAGCCACGGCCUCCCCGUCUCUUCGUGAGGCACUCUCCCCAACGCCACCGGAGAAGGAAGCGCUGGCGCUCGAUAUCCCGCCCCUCGUCGAAGACGAGACGGUGUGGUCCAUCGCCUGGUCGCCGAACGGGCGCUUCCUCGCUUCGGGCGGCGAUUGUGGUGGUGUGCGUCUUUGGGAGCGCGUGCCUCGCGCUCAGGCCGAGGCUGAGGAGAUUGGCGAGAUGGAGGUCGCGACUGGCAUGGAGAUGCGCGAGGUCAGCCACACGGCAGCGCAUGCUGGCGCCGUGUUUGCACUUGCAUGGGGUCCAGGGCCGGGAGCGGGCCUGCUCGCAAGUGCAAGUGCUGAUGGGCGUAUCAUCGUCUGGGAAGUCGAGGACGGCAAGCUCGUGCCGAUUGCCGGCGUCAGGGAGGCCCACGGCGUCGCAGACGUGAACGGACUCGGGUGGAAUGUGAGGGAGGACGGGAAGGGAGCGGGCCUCCUGGCCAGCGCGGCGGACGACGGGAGCGUCAAGGUGUGGCGCAUUGUUGCGGACGAGUAG